UCUGCAGACUAGGUCUUUUAUUUAGCAGAAGAAAGGGUGCAAAUGGUUGUAAAAGCUCUUUUUAAACAUCCCGUUUGAAGCUCUGUCCCGGGCUUGUGCCUCUGAAUGUGUCCCUGUGCCGAGUCUUUCCUGCUUCAGCCUCCUACCCCCCACUGCACCUUACACCGGAUGCUGAGCCUCCUAGAAGAAUAGCCCAGAGGCCAGGGGCCGUGUGCAAAACAUGAGGCUUCCGCGGAGAGCCUGCUUAAUUUUCAGAGCACUGGCAUCAUGCGGCCCUGGUCAACAGCUCUUGAGCUGCCUUCAUUUCUGUCCUGGGUCCUGUCCUUUGUGGGAGCUGUGGCAGAGAGGGAGAAGCCUGGGAGAGGGAAUGCUGCUCUUCAGAAAGUCUAUCCCUCGCUGCCGAAGAAUCAACAGGAUGCUCUCCAAUGAAUCCCUGCACGCUCCAGCCUUCAGCCGCUCCAACUCACAGGCCUCCGUGGACAGCGCAUCCAUGGAGGAUUUCUGGCGGGAAAUAGAAAGUAUCAACGAGAGCAGUGUCGGGGUGCAGGGGGAGCAGCCAGCCCCCGAGGUCAAGCCUGUGGAUGGAGAGCUGGAGGCAGAGUGGCUGCAGGACGUGGGGCUGUCCACGCUGCUCUCCGGGGAGGAGGAGGAAGCCGGCAAAGCCCUGCUCUCCACGCUGACGCGAACGCAGGCGGCCGCGGUGCAGAAGAGGUACCACACCUACACGCAGACGCUGCGCAGAAAGAGCAAGCCGCCCGUGAGGGACGUCAGGGACGUCUUCGGGCUCAGCGAGGCUCCGCCGGAUGCUUCUUGUGACAACCAUACUACACAAUUGGCUGGCGACCAGGAAGAAAAACAGCUACCGGAAGUCUUCCAAACAAGUGGCCCUGUGCCGGAGGAGGCGUCUCUCGACAGCCCUGCGCUAUGCAAUGGGUCCCCGGAGGAGGAAGGGAGCUUCGCAGAGCCCGGGCACAGUUCCGUGUCUAUACUCGAGGCCGUCCCAGAUAUACCGGUCCACGCCAACGGCGCCGCAGAGUCCGGGCAGACGGAUCCAAGUGUGCUGAGUGACGAUGACUAUCUGGAAAAGAACAUUUCAACAGAGGCUGAAGAGCUGUCCUUUGAAGUGUCGUACUCAGAAAUGGUUACAGAGGCCCCAAAGAGAAAUAAAUUGAAGAAAUCAGAAAUUAAGAAAGAAGACUAUACUUUAACUAAAUUUAUUGUUCAGAAGACCAGAUUUGGGCUCACUGAAGCAGGCGACCUGUCAGCGGAAGACAUGAAGAAGAUCCGCCAUCUCUCUCUGAUCGAGUUGACCGCCUUUUUUGAUGCCUUCGGAAUUCAACUGAAAAGAAACAAAACAGAGAAAGUAAAAGGACGAGAUAACGGGAUCUUUGGAGUUCCACUUACUGUGCUCCUGGACAAUGACCACAAGAAAGACCCUGCGGUGAAAGUCCCGCUUGUAUUACAGAAAUUUUUUGAGAAAGUUGAGGAGUCGGGUCUGGAAUCCGAAGGAAUUUUUCGACUCUCAGGAUGCACUGCCAAAGUCAAGCAAUACCGUGAGGAGCUGGAUGCCAAGUUCAACGCCGAUAAAUUUAAAUGGGACAAAAUGUGCCACAGAGAAGCCGCUGUGAUGUUGAAAGCGUUUUUCCGAGAGCUGCCCACCUCCCUCUUCCCUGUGGAAUACAUACCUGCCUUCGUCGCUCUGAUGGAAAGCGGGUCCCACGUCAGAGUGCAGCUUCAAGCCUUGCACCUCAUGGUCAUGGCGCUGCCGGAUGCCAACAGGGACACAGCCCAGGCCCUCAUGACGUUCUUCAAUAAAGUGAUUGCCAAUGAAUCCAAAAACCGCAUGAGUGUGUGGAACAUCUCCACCGUGAUGGCGCCCAACCUCUUCUUCAGCAGGGGCAAGCACUCCGACUGCGAGGAGCUGCUGUUAGCCAACACCGCAGCCCACAUCCUCCGCCUCAUGCUGAAGUACCAGAAAAUCUUGUGGAAGGUUCCAUCUUUCCUAAUCACCCAAGUCCGCAGGAUGAAUGAGGCCACGAUGUUGUUGAAGAAGCAGCUCCCGAGUGUGAAGAAGCUGCUCAGGAGGAAGACCAUGGAGCGGGAGGCUACCAGCCCCAAGGCCUCAAAGGUACUACAAAAAUCACCUUCCGCGAGAAGAAUGUCUGAUGUGCCAGAAGGAGUCAUAAGGGUCCACGCUCCGCUUUUCUCCAAGGUGUCCAUGGCCAUUCAACUGAACAGUCACACCAGAGCCAAAGACAUACUGGCCAAGUUCCAGUUUGAGAACAGCGUAGUUCUGCAGAGCCUGGCAGGCAGUGAAUCUCGUGCCCCCAACUGCAAGCAUCGAGGCAGUGCCAGCUGGGGCGCAGCAAGCAGCCGAACACACUUGUCCACCUCGCUUCGUGCUACAGGAAAAAUGAUGACUAAAUAAGAUCUGGAGUCUCACGAUGUCAUAUCCAGAAUGUCCACAGUACAAUACCAUUGAUUCAUUCCAAACAAAUCACAACAUGCAGAAGAAAAGAUAAUCAACACACACUAAUAUUAAUAAAUCAUGCAUCAUUGCCUGGCAAGCCUUUCACAUCCACUGCCAUCAUUUAACACUUCAGCACACCAUUAGGAAUUCUCUUGAAACAAAUGAGAAAAUAGAAAAUGUAAUCAGGUGUAGUGUUGCACACCUGUAAUACACUCUGGGAGGCUGAGGCAGGAGGACUAAAAGCCCUAGCACGGCCUGGGAAACUUAACAAGAUUGUUUCAAACUGAAAAAGGACUGGAGUUUUUAAAAAGCAUAAAGGCCAUGGAUUAAAAAAAAAUUCUCAGCAAAGACAUAGAUGUUAUAAAAGAGAACCAUGUGGAAAUUAUAGAAUGGAAAAAUGCAAUAACUGAAAUUUUUUUUUAAACUUGCUGAAUGGGCUCGGUAGUAUAGUGAAGCCAACAGGAAGGCAUUAGAGUAGGGGCAUCAAGAAAGUAUGUUUGUUUUGAACAACAGAGAAAAGUAUCUGGAGAAAGGACACGAGCACAGCAUCAGGGCUGCAGGGCUGUGAUGAGAGUUACAUUCCCAUCCACAGGCCCCCAGGGGUGAGGACGCAGAGUAAGACUGAAAAGGGAUUUGAGCAAAUGAUGCCUGGAAGCUUCUUCAGUUUAGUGACAGACAUACAUCUCCAUGUUCACGAAGUUCCCAAACAGGUGACCGCGGAAGUCCAGGCCAAGAGCAGAAUUAAACCUGUGAAAAUGAAAGGCAAAGCCGACACCUUGAAAGGAGCCGGGGAGAAUGGGUGCGUUUCUUACAGGAAGACACCGCGAGCUUCUCAUCUGGAAUCCCAGAGACCAGAAGAGAGCGGUGGUAACAUUUUUCGAGGGCUGAAAGAAAAGAACCAUCAACCAUGAAUUCUGUGUUCAGCAUAACUGUUCUUCAAGAAAUAAAGACUUGCUUGGGUGAAGGAAAACUAAGACUUUGUUGCUGAAGUUCUCUAAAGAGAAAGAAGGUGAGGCCGGGAAUUUAGCUCAGGGGCAUAAGUGCCUGCCUGGCAAGCACGAGGGCCUGAGUUUGAUUCCCAGUACCAUACCUGCCCCCCGCCAAAAGGAAAGGAGGUGAAACAAGGCUUGGAACAUGAGAACGAAUACAAAUACAGUCAGACAGAGUAAGAUAUGCCACUUCUCACGCAUUUCUUAAACUACCUUUGAUAGAAGCAAACAAGCCUGUGACAUGGUGCUCAGUGGAUGUGGAAAAUGAACUUAAUUAUACCUUUAAAUAGUGUUGGGGGUCCCCCCCUCGAAUGGUCGGUAUAAUGACUUUCUUCAAGGAAUACAGUACAUAAAAAGGGAAAAAUAAUUUUACAGUUGAGAAAUCUGACCGCCUGAACCAGGACGUGCCAUGUUACAAUCUUUAACUCAUUACAUCUUCAAAUACCCAAUUUCCAAAUAAGACUGUUAUGGGGGACCUGGCCAAGAUCCCCAACUGCUUGUGUGAGGGGUACAGUGAAAAGAAGAAAUAAGAGAGAGACAAAUUUAGUAAUGCAUGAAGUGGGACUGGGAGGUCAGUGCCUCAGGACAGGCAGAGACAGACACCCCGAGCCAGCCACUAUCCACUGGGUGUGUCCGAGGAUAGCAGGGGCUGGCAGAAGAUUCAAGGUCAGCAGAAGAUUCGAGGUCGAUGACUCAGUGGCAACGGAUAAUCCUGGGAUGACUCGAGAGGAUGGAGAUGCUCCCAUGCUAAGGAGGAGCUUGCCCUGGCGUGGUUCCCCCCCCUCCCCCCGCCAAGUGGUUUUAAUCUCAGUGGUCUUAGUUUAGUCUUCGUGGGUGGGAGAGGAUGGCCCAUACCUAAAAGGUCAAUGGGAAAUCUCAAACAGGUAAUACCAUAAUCCCAAGCCUCCAUUUAUCCCUUCGGGAAGUGUGCAGAAUGAGCCAUUGUGAAUUUGUGGUCCCCAACAGACUGUGUUCUGGACAUCCUGGUGGGCAGGAAUUUUCAGGGAGCACCGUUAACCCUCUGCCCUUAUUAAAGUGAAACCAUAGAACAAAAAGCAGACAUUAGGGAAAAAUGAAGAUGAUGUGAAUAAAAUGUUGCCCUUAAUUAAUACAAAUGUGGCCUUGUUUGGUGGCACAUGUCUGUAAAUCCCAGCACCUGAGAGGUUGAGGUAGGAGGAUCUCCAUGAGUUCAAGGCCAGCCUGGGCUACAAAGUGGGACUCUCUCAGAAAACAGCAAAAAUUAAUAUGAAUGCAUUGGUAUUGGUUUAUUAAUUGUGACAAAUGUAUCAUUAAUAUUGGAUGUUGGUAUUAUCAGGAACAGGAUGUGGGCCAUACCAAAACUACCUGUACUACGUAAUGUUUCUGUAAAUUUAAAAGACUCCUAAAAUUAAAACUUCACUUAACAUUUUCUAGUAUCCUACCAAUUUAAAAAAAAAAAAACACUAUACUUUUUAAUGGUAAAGUAACAAUUUCAGAAUAAAAUAAAUGAAUCUUUCUUAUGCUAAAAUACCAGAAUUACCUGUUUUUAACAUGAAAUUUGUCCAUGUGUCAGUGUUCCUCCUUCAUUUACUAAUUCAAAGAACUAAGAGUAAAUAAAAUUGUCACACCUGUUGGGAUAGCUGCUGUUAAAAAAAAAAAAAACAAACAUAUCCAAUGUUGGUGAAGAUGUGGAGAAAUCAGAACCCUAUUGGAUACUGAUGGAAUUAGGAAAUGGUACUGUCACUGUGGAAAAUAGUACAGAGGUCCCUUACAAAAUUAAAACUAGAAUUACUAUGUGAUCCAUCAGUGUUACUCCUGGGUACAUUGAAAGCAGGGUCUCACAUGGAUGUUUGUACGUCUAAGCACUUUAUUCUCAGUAACUAAAACAGAAGCAACUUAAGUCGCUAGCAGCUGAUGAGUGGAUAAGCAAAGUAUGUUCUAUCCAUAUAACAGGGUGCUAUCUCACCUGAAAAGGGACGGAAGUUUUGACACACGCUACAACAUGAGUGAACACUGAGGACAGUACACUAAGUUUAAUGAGUCAGUCACAAAAAGACAAAUGGCAUCUAAUUCCACUUUUAUAAAUAGAGUUCAGCAGUGAUACAGACAGAAAACAUAGUGGUUUCCAAGUAAUGGGAGAGGGGAAAUUGGGAAGAUACUGUUUAGUGGGCAUAGAUCUCCAGUUCUGCAGGUAAAAUAAAUUCUGGAGAUGGUGCGGGUGAUUGCUGCACAUAAUGAAUGUAUUUAAUACCACAGAACUAUUUGUUUAACCAUUGUUAAGAUACAUUUUGUGUUACGUAUAUUUUAUCAAAAUAAAAAUUAUUCAUAGAAUAAAUAGGAUUAUGUUUUACUACACUUGAUCUUAGCCAAAAGGUCAAGAAGCGAUAGAAUUAUAUUUUUAAGUGUUAACAUAAAGAUAAUUAAUGGAAGUAAGGUUUCUACCCAUAAUGCAGUGAUGAAACAUCAAUACCAGUAAACUUUGACAUAUAAAUACUGCAGAGCCCAUAAAGACCACAAAGAAAACAUGCAAAGAAAUGUAUUCAGAAACACUGUGGGUAAAUCAAGGUAACAUCCUAAAAGACAAGCCGUAUCCUGGGUCAGCAAAUAAACCUCAAAGAAUCUAAGAUACCUGAAAUCACUCUGACUUUAAAGGAGUCAAACUGGAUGUCAAUAACAGGAAGACAACAUGAAGAUCUCCAGAAAUUCUAGAAGUAAACCAGACACCUUUAAAUAACCCACAGGACAAAGAGGAAGGCUUAAAGGAAACUUUUUAAGAUGUACAUAGAAGGAAAAUACAACUAUAGCAUACCAAAUUAUAUUCAAAUAAAGUAGUACUGAGACAAAAAAAUUAUAGCAGUAAAUGGUCAUGCUAGAAAAGAAAGAUCUCAUUUAUCUAAGUUCUUACCUUUUGAAACAAAAUUAAUGCAAAGUAAGCCGAAGGGAAGCAGAGAAAUGAGUAAAGAUAAGCAGAGAUCAAUAGAUUUGGGGAAAGGAAAAUCAUAUAGAAGAUGAGUGAAACAAGAAGCUUAUUUUUUUAAAAAGACAAUAAAAUGCUUUGAUUUUUAAAAACCUGAUGAAAAUAAAGAUUAAAAAAACUACCAGUAUCAAAAAAUUAAACAAGAUUAUUAGUGUUUCCUUUAAAUGGGUAGUGAGGAAGUACUAUGAGCAAUUUUAUGACCAUAAAUUCAACUACUUAAGACAAAAGGUACCAACUCCUCAAAAGCCAUUAAUUACCAAAAUACAACCAAGAUGAAAUUGAGAACCUGAGUAGUUGUAUAGCUACUAGAGGAACUGAAUCUGUCAUUCUAAGGUCUCUAAACAACUCGCUAUGCCAAUAUGAUUUCACUGCAGGACUCUAACAAGCAUUUAAAGAACUAACAGUAAAUUAGCAUAAUCUUUUCCAGGAAAUAAAAGAAGAAAGACUAUCCCAACUAAUUUUAUGAAGUUGGUGUCAUUACCCUCUACCAAAUCACACAAAGAAAAUACAAAAAUAAAAUAGAAUGAAAAAUUUAAAAACCGACAUCACCCCUGAUAUUCAAUGCAAAAAUCCUCAACAAAAUAGUAAAUCUAAUCCAGCAUGUAUUAUUAAAAGAAUUAUGCAAAAUGAUGAAGUAGGAUUUAUUGUAGGUGUUUAAGGCUGACUUAGUGCUGGGAAAAAAUAUAUAUAUAUAUAUGUAUAUUUCAGCAACAGGAAAAAAAAUGCAUAUCAGUUCAUACCGAAACAAAAGCCUUUAGUAAAAUCCAAUGCAAACUCAUGGACCAAGCUUUCAGCAAACUGGAAAAAAGAGGAGACCUUCCGCCAUUAGACAAAGAUUAUCUGCCAGCAUGUGCAGCUAAUAUCAUAUUUAGUGGUGAGAGAUUGAAAAUUUUCCACUAUAAGAUCAAGAACAAAGAUAACCACUUUCAUCACUCUUAUUAACU